CUACUAAACAUGCCAUGCAUUGGAGACUUAUCUGUUACUUGCAUGGUUGUGGAAAGCUGCAGCUCAGACCUCAUUAUACACUGUCCUAUACAUAUGGAUGAGAGCCCCCCUGACAAUAACACGUUAGAAUUCACACAUAGAAGAAGCCUUACUGCUGUGAAGUGAAAGAUUGUUGUAAGUCUUUCUCAGAUAUAUGACUUUAGCCCCUCAGGUGAGUGAUGUGAUCCAGCGCCUACUUAGCUAUAUGAUUAUUAGCCUAACGAGACUGACCGGUUCGAGCAGCCAUCCAGUCUGGCCUGCGUCGUAAAAGACACCCACAGAAGCAGCUAUCAUUUGCUCCUAAAGCUGAUUAUAAGAGGAGAAACCAACACACAUCUUGUAGGCUCCCUGCCAAAUCAAACUAUUGCAGUCUAUACCGAAUAAAGAUUUGG